AUGUUCUUGCCGUAAAAAACUAUUCCGUAUUGAUUGUCGUAAUUUUACAGAGUGUAUCACAAAUUGAAGUCAAAUGCACCAGUAUAUGUGAAUUUGUAUAUUAAUGCAAAUUGGCUAUAACUGCAAGGGUAAACUUAAGGUUCUAUCUUUAUAUCAUCGGUAAUUUCUAAGAAUAGAACGUUGGUUAGGUUAUAUUCGAUAAGUCAAUCUCCUUUUAAAGUCACUUGUAAGGACUUACUGAUCCCAUUUUGAUGGUCAAACGUUUGAUUAAUCCUGAAUAUUUGGUCAGUUGUUUUGGUGACCAUAGCAUUAAUGUUUGAGACACAUCCUCUAGAAAGACCAUUAAAAUCAUAAAAUGGAAGUUAGAGAUGUCAUUAUUAAUAAUAACAAUCAAUUUGUGAGACCAUCCAGACCUAUGAUAUCUAAUUGGAUCGAGUCAUCUAUGCCAUUCAAUGCGAGGAUUGGAUAUAUUGUGAAUGACUAUUAUUCAAUUUGUUAUUAUAAAAUAUCACCGAAAAGGCUUUGCCGCAGAAACUGGUUCUGGGGAUAAUAGAAUCAUUAGCACAUCGAAUUAUAGUGAGAUGCAGAAGGUUAGAGUUGCUCCUAAUUAUAUAAAGAAUAUUAUGGUAUUUUAAAAUCUCAAUUUUCUAUUCUUCUCAGAAAAUUACAUCAUCCGCAUACAGGAAUACAGGCAAAUUGAUUAUAAUACAUCUCUCUAGUCGUAGGUUAUAACAUACGAAAUGAGUGCAUUCAUUUCAAAUUAAAUAAUCGUAGGCGAUAUAUGGUGA